AUGGCGUCGACCUCGGGGCAAUCAAACCAGCUCUUGUAUGCAUGCAUCGCGCAUGGAAGCACCAUCCUGACCGAACAUACCUCUCCUGGCACUUCAUCCUCCUCCGCCUCUUCCCUCGCUUCGGUGAUUCUUCCCAAGAUCUCGCAUACGACUCCAGCAAAACUCACUUAUACACACGAGCGGCUCUUUGUGCACUAUAUUGCGGACUCUCCCUCUUCAUCAUCUAACAGCCCUGAUGAACAACUGUCGAGCCAUGCAGCCCUUACCUAUCUGGUGGUCGCGCAAACAGAGAUGGGCAGGCGCAUACCAUUUGCAUUCCUUCUGGACCUGAAGAAGAAGUAUUUGGCGCAAUACGAUCCUGACUCUACGGACUUCCAGUCCCUACCGGCAUAUGGCACCGCAGCAUUCAAUUCUACGCUGAAAGCGAUGUUACAACAAUACAAUACCGCGCCGCCCAGCGACGCCUUGACAAGUGCACGGAAAGAGAUCGACAGCGUCCGGAACAUCAUGACGGAAAACAUUGAGCGAGUACUGGAAAGAGGAGAACGCAUUGAUCUACUGGUGGACAAGACUGAUCGGUUGGGCGGCAGCGCGCGCGAUUUUCGAGUGCGCAGCCGGGGACUACGAAGGCAGAUGUGGUGGAAGAAUGUGCGAGUGAUGGCGCUGCUGGUGGUAGUGGUCAUCUUCUUGGUAUACCUAUUCGUCGGGUUCGGCUGUGGCCUACCAGCAUGGGGAAAGUGUGUGGGCUGA